GGGAACUAACUAACUGUCGCACCGCGCCAAAUUACAAAAAAAAUAAACGCGCCCAGAGACGGUUGUUGUUUGUGUUUUGCAGUUGUAUUCCUGAGAGAAACAUAAAAAAUGCCUGUGAAGAGAGCCCUUCAUUUACAUGACAAAGAAAACACCCCAGCAAAGAGGCAUGCAUCAAACAGGAAUUAUUCCCCUAUGACUGGAACUCGAUUGAUGAGUCCCAUGACUAAACCUGCAGGUAAUUCCAAAGCAGUUGGGAAGACAACGAAUCCCCCUAAAACAAAAGAGCCCAUGACGGAUGCUGAGAGAAUUGUAUUUCUCAGGUGUAAGGUGAAAAGGUCUCUCAAGGACCUAAUGAAAUACAGGCAACGGCUGGGGACAUUAGUGCCAGUAGAGGGCAGUAGUGAGCUGAGAAGUCUCUUGCUGAUUGGUCCUGCUGAUCUGCAAACUGAACUCAAGAUGCAUGAAGAUCUGUCUUCUAAAAUUGCAUCUGGUGUACACAGGGCAGACACAAACAAAGGCCAUUACCAAGGCAUUACCAUGUCUCCAGCUUCAGCCUGCAUGUUGCUGAUGAGCGCAAAAUGGAAAAAGAGAGAGCACAAUAAUUCUGAGGAUUGAAACAGACCAGCAGCUCUUAUGUAUUUCUGAAGGAAAUCUUAAGCCUCUGAUCUUCUCUUGAUGUUCAACUUGCACUGCAGAUGGUGCCCACUCAGACCUCUUAUUUCUGCCCAAGGUGGAUCACGUAACCUUCUCUUUGUCACUUCUACAGGCCUCAUGAAGGACAAAAUCUUAAGCUGACCUAACAAAACACCCGUGUCUCAUAUGCUCUGAGCACUGCUACAGUUGAGAAGAACAACAACUUUAGGUUGUUCUCAACAUUUUAACAUUCAAUAAUUUGGUCUAUACACCAUGGGCUGUAUAAGUCUGACCGUAAAGUUCACCAAGUUCAUAAGAGAUCAGCAAGCAUGCAAGGCAUGAUCUGAAAGCAAUUGUAUCCUAUGGUUGUUUAAUAUUAGCAUCAGCCCUUGAAAAUGGUAUUAUACUUCCUGGCAGAGUUUGUCUCUUUGCAGUUUGUUUCCUAAUCAAAUGUCAUGCGUAAGAUGGUAAAACCAAAACCUUUUCAUUCUCCCCUCAUCCUCAUUGUGUGUGUAUGUGUGUAUAGCACCAGAGUUAGCGCUGGCUGUAACACACUAGCCCCUUUGUGACCUGAUAACAUUUAUAGUUGUAAUGGAUUUUUUUAAUGGCCAUCAUUAACUCGCACAAAGAGGGGUGAAAAAGAUUGCUUGUACUUUUUUUCCGCUGGUAUUUCAGCUUUACAGCAUUAUCUUCUGAUAUGUCUCCUUCCAUCAUUUUUGUUUUACAGCCCAUGGAGUCGAAGCAUUUUAAUGCGUGGCUUUAUAAUCAGUCUCUUGUCUUCAGUCACUUCCAAGAUAAUUCCAUUUUGUUAAAUUAAUGAGUCUUUUACUUCACCACAAUUAUUGUCAAAAAGUAGUAGUCAAAUACAUUUUUUUUUCCUUCCAAGUUCCUUUAUUUGGUGCAACCUUUUGCUCAUUAACAGCAGUUGGGUCAUUUGAAAAGCCUUGGGACCCAUGUUCAGACACAAGAUAAAGACAUUUUCAUUUGGUAAAAAAACUUUGAUGUAUCAAAAAUGUUAUUAAAAAAAAUUAUUUCAGCACAAAUGGUCCCUUACACACUGGUCAUUUACACUCCUAAUAUCCCACUAACAAAAUUUGUCUCUAAGGCAUACAAGUGAAAGUCUGGCAGUACUGUAUCUCCUUUCAUUGGAUUCACUAUUCUCAACUCAGGCAAGUUCACCAAACCUCAUUAAGAAGAAACUGAAUUUUCCCAAACUAUUCCCAUCCUGUUUUAUUCUGACC